AUGCGGACCACCGAGAGGCCAUCCUGAACCCAUCGUUCUGUGGAAACGAAAUGGCCACCUCAUCGAUUUAGACAAUAAUAAGAGAAUGAGAUUAGUUGAUGGUGGAAAUUUGGCUAUUCAAGAUGUGAGGCAGUCGGACGACGGAAAAUACCAAUGCAUCGCAAAAAAUACAGUCGGUGUCAGGGAAUCUUCAGUGGCCCUUCUUAGAGUUCAUGUCAAACCCUACAUUGUCCGUGGACCAGAAGAUGCUGUCACCCUGGCAGGAGGGACAAUAGUUUUUGAAUGUUUAGUCGAAGGAGAUCCAGUGCCGGAUGUGAUGUGGAAGAGAAUAGCUGGAGGAGGUCCGAUGCCGCUUUCUCGAGCAAGGACCCAAGAUGACAAAAGCCUGCGCCUGGAAGCAGUUACAACCGAAGAUGAAGGGGAGUACAGCUGUGAAGCUGACAAUGGAGUAGGGACCGUUUCAGCAUCAGCAACCUUGACUGUUCACUCCCCGCCUGUCGUCAUGUCGAAACCGACAGAUCAAGUUGCAGAAAUUGGAGAUGAUGCUGUAUUCACUUGCGGCAUCGAGGGCAAUCCAAGACCUUCGAUUUUCUGGUCUAUUGAAGGAAAUCGAACGCUUUUAUAUCCUGGUGAAAUCAUGGACAGGUUCCAUGCCACUCUUACACCAGAUGGUCAAGCUGUCUUGACAUUACAAGAUGUAAUCAGGAAUGAUUCUGGAAUAGUUGUGAUCUGUUCUGCAGUAAAUCAGGCCGGAUCAGACACUUGGAGAGCUAGGCUCUCUGUAACCACGCCUGAAGAAAAUCCACCUCCUAUCAUUGUUCUUGGCCCCUCCAACCAAACUCUGCCUUUGAAAUCAGUCGCUGCAAUGGCUUGUAAAGCAACGGGUUCACCAACGCCAGUAAUUACAUGGUAUAAGGAUGGUACCCCAGUAUUAACAACGGAAAGGAUUAAUAUCUCAGAAAGUGGAAAUCUCAAAAUAAAUGAUUUGGUAAAAACAGAUAGUGGUCAGUAUACGUGUGUGGCAUCAUCGAGAUCAGGAAAAGCCACUUGGAGUGCAUUUUUAAGGCUUGAAUCUCCAACAAAUCCUAACAUUGCCUUUUUUCGAGCCCCAGAGCCAACGACAUUCCCUGGGCCUCCGACUAGGCCGAAUAUUGUGAACAAAACACACAAUAGCAUCACAAUUUCUUGGUCGAGAAACAAUAAAAUUGGAUCAUCUUCUUUGAUCGGUUACCAGAUUGAGAUGUUCAGUAGAGAGACGAACGAAGGCGGAUCACCAGGAUGGGUUGUUGUCGCAAAAAGGGUUCCCGGCCCUGUGUACACUCAAAACCACCUUCGUCCUGGCUCCACAUACGUGUUCAUCGUCAGGGCUGAAAACGCCCAUGGAUUUUCACCCCCAUCUUUCAGAUCAGAAGCAACGCUUGUUCCACCUCUUGGGGCGAGCGCUGAAGAAGAACUUGAUCCAGUUAUGAAAGAAGCAAGAAACGCAUUAUGGAAUGGGCAUGUUGUUGAGCUUGCUCAUAUUCAGCCACUUUCUUCAACAACAAUAAAAAUAGUCUGGGAGAUAUUAAAUUCCGAUUAUGUGGAAGGAUUUUAUAUUUACUCAAGGGGUUUGGAUGCACCUGCAAGAUCUACUAACAUGUUGACUGUACUUCAUGCCGGAGAAGCGUCAGGUUUUGUCGUUACAGGACUGGCAAAAUUUACAAGAUAUCAAUUUUUUCUUGUACCUUUUUACAAAACACUGGAUGGAAGGCCUUCUAAUUCCCGCACAGCGAGAACAUUAGAAGAUGUUCCCUCUGAACCACCUACUGGCCUUGAACCAGUGCUAUUAAAUAGUAGUGCUGUUUAUUUAAAAUGGAAAGCACCUCCUCAAUCAGCUCACAAUGGUAUACUACGAACUUAUCAGGUUGUAGUUAGAGGAGGAGCUUCAUCAAAUAUGACACUUUUAAAUAAUGUCACUGUAAAUGCUGGAACACCUUCACUACUGUUAACAAAUCUAUCAUCGGGUAUAGUUUAUACUGUAGAAGUUGCUGCGGCAACCAGAGCAGGUCUCGGCCCAUUUACUGUACCUGCAAACUUACGACUUGAUCCUUCGUUAAGAAAAGUUUAUCGAGAUCAACAUCAACGGCAACCUAUCGGGCAGAAACCAGGCAUUGGUCCAGGUCCAAAUGAUUUCUUAACAGAAACAUGGUUUAUGGCUUUGUUGGGAAGCAUGGUAGCAGUUAUGCUACUCCUUUUUGCCGCAAUGCUGCUUGUAAGGCGAAGGCAGCUCCUCACCAAGAAGACAACUCUACCUGGUAAUUCACGUUCAAACGGAGGUAUUUUGGCAACCCCGUUGAGUCUCAAAGCUGCGGUUGGCCUACCUCACCCCAUGUCGACUGCAAUGGUUCCUCACCCUCAUGAUUCCACUCUUUGGAUUGAGCCAAAUCGAGGCUCUUCGUGGACACAUCAUAGUGAAUUAGAACCGGCGGAUUAUGCAGAAGUCGAUCCAGUUUCGAGCUUUCAUGGGAAAGGCGAUGGGGCAACUAGUCCAGCACCAUACGCCACGACUACUUUGGUCCCCAAGUACAAUUCAAGGCAGAACACAAAUGAAAGACUUCCACCAGGUUGGGUUCAGAUUCGUCCUCCAAAUGAAAAAGAAGAUGAACCUCCGUAUGCUCCACAGAACUCUUUCUACAACUCCAACAUUUACUCAGACACAUAUUUGUUCGAAAAGAAUGAUUACCCUCCACAGAAAGGUUUAAAUAACAUUGGAAAGCCUUCUUCAUUAGUUGUAUCUCAAUGUGGGCGAAAAGCAGUAUCAGAGCUAGGAUCCAGGGGUGAUCAAAAUCAAUUUACAUCUACAUUACGAAGACCGUCGGGGUUCCACAAGAGCAGCCAUGGAUUGUCUAAUGGCCAUGCAGGCCAGCAACAUCCACAGCAGCAACAGCAGCAGCAACAAAGGCCAGACCCAAGAGGUUGGAGAAUGACGACAAACCCUGUCCACACUCUGUCCACCUUCACGCCUCCGCCUCCGGCCUACACUCAAUACCAACCGCUUUACCACAAUUCAUCAAGGAGCGAACCUUCCUCGUGAUCUAGCAGUAACGCCACCGUCUCAAAGACUGAUUAUCUAAUAGUUAUUUAAAAUUAAAAACCGUGAUUUUCUUGUCGAUGAAAGUAAAAGCGGGGACUUUUGCUUUUUCGCCUGCUAGUGACUCAUAUCAAUAAUAUGUAAAUCAUAUCACAUUAAUAAAAGCAAGCAGUUUGUACAGGUCCUAGAGCAAAAUGAUAAGGACAAAUUGCCGUUUUCGCCAAAGUUUUAACUUAUUUUAUGAUUCUGUUUAUUUAUACUUUGUAAAUAAAGUAGUUAGUUGGCCUACACUAUCGUAGUUUAAGUAAGUGAAAGCUAAAAAUAGAAAUUAAGUACAUAAUAUACAUGUUAUUAUAUUUAUAGCAUACCUUAAUGUUUAUUGUGCCAUAACAAGCAUUAAUAUUAUUGUUCCAAAAAUUUUAGAUGAUUGGAAAGAUAUAAAUUCAAAUUUGGCAAUCAUCAAUUUAAUUUACUGACAUUGCCUUUUCUUUUUUUAAGUUUGUAUUUUAAUACUGAAAAGUUGUUAAUUGAGCAAAAUUGGUUUUCUUUUCUCAUUCAUCUAAAAUUUUAACACAUGAAUAUUUUACAUAGUAACCCUACUUUGUAAAAGUGUAAUGUUUCAGAUUUUUUAGGUAUGCGGCAGGUAUCUUCCACUGUGUUCUCCAAUUUAAUGUUAAUUACUUCAUUUUAAUAACAAAAUGUAUAAUUUUGUAUAAAGAUAUUUUUAAUUAUUAAUAUGGGAAAACAAUAAAAUCUCAAGCUCCUUAGCAUUUCUGAUGAAACUCAAGCACUUAGAUGUUAAAGAAAUUUGUUUAUAUAAGUAUAAAUAUUGUGAAAUAAUGUACAUAUCAAGACUAUGGUUAAUACACGCAAUAAUUGUGUAAAAUAUAAGAAAAACGAAAUUUUAAAUAAAAGAAUGUUUGUAAUUCUUUGAAUAUUUAUAAUAUUUUAUACAAAAGUGGAUAUAUUUUAUUUACACGAUUGUACAUAAUUCGCGUCCACUGUUGAAAUUAAUUUCUUCUUUAGAUUGUCUUUUUUUUCUUUCUUUUUUUUUCAAUUGACUUUGGAUUUUGUAAAGUUUGAUAGAAUAUCUGUGUAAUUAUCAAUUAAAUCAAGUAAAUUUUGAAGACUAGUACAUCGAAUUGACUAAUGUUGUACUAAGACUGAUUCAACAUUUUACUUGCUGUGUUAUUUACAAAAUAAAAUCGAUGACUAAACAUAAAGUUAAUCUUGACGAUAUAGUAUUAAAUAAUUAUUCAAUUUGUUUAGUUGAAAAACUUAUACAACUUUAAAAAAGCUUUGUUUAAAAACAAAAAAUCAAUUAAUAAUGUUUUUCCCCUCAACUUCAUACAUGUUGUUCAUACAUUAUUGCUUGCUAAAAAAAAAUCAUCCAUGAAAAAAAGAGUGAUGAUGUUCCUAAACGUCUUUACCAACUUGUAAGCGUGAAGACAGUGCAUCAUACACUUUUUCUAUUUUUCUAUUUAAAAAAGGUAUAUAUACAUAAGCAUAUGUUUACUUCUGUAUCAAUGUAAAUAAUGUUGAUAAGUUACCAAGUCGUAUUACUCUCGAACUGUGUAUGUAUUUGUAUGUUUGUGGUAGUAUAAAAUAAAAGUUGUGAAUAAAUCCUAAGGCAACUUUUUAAACCAACUCCUCGUGCAAAAUAAAUACAAGUCAACAACAUAUUUUUUAAAUGGUGAUUUGUCAUAUUGACUGGCGGUGCACGCGAUAAUCUAACACAUUUCAAAUGUUGUCAUUUACCUAAUGAUUUGCUAAAUGUUCUUGAUAAAAUCUGCUUAAACAGUUUGAUUAUGGGAUUAUGUAUAUAAACGACAAAGAAGUUUUUAAAAAUAUUUUGUUAUAUUGUACAUAUUAAUUAAAAUGAGAUCAUUAAAUGAAACAAAUAUUUGUUUCAAUUUGAAAUAAAAAUAAUGGUUUAGCAUAUGUUUAUAACCUUUAAUAGGAACAAUAAAAAUAAAAAAAUUCAUUAACUGAACAAACAUCUAUAUACAAUUUUGUACAAAUUUACAGUUAAAAAAAUUUACAAUUUUUAAUUUUUAUUAUUUUUGUUGGCUCACCGUCCACGGUGUCCUGCAUCUGCCUUUCCAAUCUUUCCGCUGUCCCGGCUGACACUUAGACGCACCGUACUUUUUCAUAUAGUGACGCAAUUUGUGAUGAUGAUUGACCCCCAUGCCUUUCAUUUGGUGUACAAAGACAGACGGUUUUACUGCAGGUACAGCUAAAAAUUGGUUGAAGUGUCUAAUGGGGUUGUGCGGUUCCUGGUUGUGGUGGUGAGCAGUGUUGCUGUGGUGAUUGUGGUGAAUGGUUUUCGGCUUUGUAUUCAUCUUAGUCGGAUAUGUCAAACUGAUGAGAUGUCUUGGGUGUCUGACCAAAAUCUUUUCGCUGCCUGUGGUCUCUAAGGAUUCAUCCAUUUCCAUCCUGUUUAUGGGAUUGCACUGUAUUAUAAAUAAAUGUCCAGUUAAAAAAAUAAAAA